AUGGACCAACCCAAUCGCUACUUCUUCCGCCCACCGAAACCCACUCCGUCAAACCGAAUCCCAGCCCGUCCUCUUCUGCGCCUGAGCCCAUCGCGCGCCCCCAUAGAUUGGCGGGACCCGUUCCCGACCGGGUCUCCGUCCCUCUCCACCGCUCGCCCACAGCUCCUCCACAAACCCCUGAAACAACCCCAACAACCACCCCGCCUCUCUGGCAGCCCUCUCCCACCCAACAACAUACACGUAAUACGCGGCCCCUACCACGGAUCCCCAGAACACGAGCCGAAACACCAACAUGACCCAGAACGUGAUGAUGCGGCGCGCAUAAUCGAGGACUCUGAGCGAGAUGAAGAGGAUGAGGACGAGGAUGAGAAGGGAGGUGAGGUCAGGUGGGGAGCUCAGGAGGGUUUGGAGCGGGGCGAGGAGGUAGGGUUGAAGAUAUUGUCGGGAGAUGGAGUGGAGGUGUGUGGAGAAGAUGGAAUAGUAGGAGAGCACUUGUAG